CGCAGACACUACGCGGGCAGGGUCCUUAGCUCGACGAUCUGCUAAUUAUGUCUGACUGAGUUCGGCGUUCUUCUCUCGGCCCUUGCGCUUGCGUACUACGGCUCAUCCCGUCACCGCGUCCCGGAUCGGGAAGUGUCAAAGUGGGAGCCGGGAUCCCCCGCCUUCGCCGCCGCUACUGCUGAACCCGGACCCUUCAUCCCGGCCGGGCCCUGCCGCCAUGACGAACGUGUACUCCUUGGACGGGAUUCUGGUGUUUGGUCUGCUCUUCGUAUGCACCUGUGCCUACUUCAAGAAAGUACCUCGUCUCAAAACCUGGCUGCUCUCAGAGAAGAAGGGCGUUUGGGGCGUGUUUUACAAAGGUAAGGUCUUCUCUAGACACAGAGAGGAGAUAGAUCUUUCACAGCAGUGUGGGGCAGACAACUGCUGUGAUUGGGACCCGGCUGCAUGCUGCUGUUGCAAUUGCCUGCAUUGUAAUGGCCUUUUACGUCCUGUUUAUCAAAUGAAUUCCAAAGUAUCCCACUCAUCAACCGCCAACCAAGGGGAUAAAGAUGAAGAACUUGUCGGAAACCUGGACCCAGUGUAGGAGAGUUCAGCUAAAAUCAUCAGUGUCCCUAAGAUGACACGGCAGCAUGUGCCUGCCAUAGGUAGGGAAACUCAUGGUCAUGAACAUUAUUUUUACUCCAGGGGACUCCAGAAAGCCAACAUUUUUUUUUAUCUCUGUUUUAAUCAGCCCUCAGCAGCAAGCAUAUAUCUCCAGAUAAAUCAUACCCCUUGGUGAUAUAAUUAUGUACCUCCUGCUUAAAAACCUGGGCUGGGUAGUAGCUCAGUAGUAGAGCAUUUGCUUAGUAUUGUCAAGAUCCUGGGUUUGGUCCCCAACACUGAAAAAAGCAACCUGUAAUUGGUCAUCUGUUUUGCUCUUCAGUCCCUCAUCAGAACCUUUUCACACUGAGGCUCAUUACAGAAGGAUGUAGCUGUGUUCAGACUUCAGGAAGGGAAGACCUUUUUGUUUUGUUUUUUCUUUUUAAGACACGAUCUCUGAAUAGCCCUG